AAUGCUUCCACCAACUUAACCAACUUUUAUUCACAUAUUCUUUUUAUUAAUCUAUUUGAUUAUUCCCAUAUUCCGUCCCCUUCGUCAUCAUGUCUCACAUACCGCCGCCCACUACAAUACAGCACAACUCCUCACUGUACAGUGGGGCUUGUGCACGCGUUACCCAUCGUCAACAACCGCCAGGCAGCCUUGCAGCAGGGUUUCAUCACCAAUACUUCACCACCGUUCAAUGCCGCCAGCUUACCGGAAGUCUCAAUCACGCUUUAGCCAGUUCAUCACCAUGUUCUCCUCCUCUAUAGCAGCACCGCUUGAUCCCCCUCCUCCCACGCUACUUGAGCUCAUAGACUUGAUAGACAAGUUCAGUAUAGGCCAUUCAACGUGCAUUGUAAUACCAACUAACACACUCUUUAGUGUUCCUGCAGGAUUCCCAGUAAAUAACGACAACUACUUCCCGCUGCUCAUUGGCGAUGACCCAAGGCCGCAUGGCUUCGUCCUUUGCAGUAUAGCUACCAUUCUUCCAUGGCCGCACGCCUUUCAGAUUACUGAUUCGGCAAUCCAUCUCCGCGCAUCUACUGCCGCUGAAGCUACGGCUGCCUUUCAACUGCUCAUCAACGCCACUAGAAACGUCGACCCGAUAGGCAAGUCCAUUGCUCUGCCCAGCGAGCACUUCCUGCUCCCUGGACAGCCGUUCCUCGGCGAGACUGUGCACAUUGAGCGCUUUGCCAGCUCUAUAUUUGGCAUCGGCACUAGAGGUUCACACAUGACAGCCUACGUUCGCGGCCCUAGCGGCGAACCGGACGACAUCCUCAUCUGGGUAGCCCGCCGCUCUCCAGAUCUCUUUAGCUAUCCGCACAAGCUCGACAGCACUGUCGCUGGUGGUGUCAAAGCUUCCGAUACACCAUUGGAGUGCAUUAUUGCCGAGUCGGAAGAAGAAGCUAGCCUCCCGAGAGAGCUUGUACAGGCUCGCGUGAAGCACACCGGCGUGGUCACAUUGGCAAACCGUAAUCCGCGAAACGGUUUCUUCCAUGGCGAAAUUCUCUACGUAUACGACCUGGAGCUUACGGCGGACGAGAAGCCGGAACUCGGCUAUGAUGGCGAAGUGUGCGAAUUCAUCCUCAUGACUUGGCGUGAGGUCCUGGGCCGCAUGCAGAAUCUGGAAUUCAAGCCCAAUGUAUGCCCUAUUAUGAUUGACUUCUUUAUGCGCCAUGGUCUCAUUACUCCCGACAAUGAGCCUCGAUAUGUAGAGAUUAGCUCAAGACUGAGGCGGAAGCUUCCCAUGGCUACAAACGAGUUCGAAGGGAGGUGAAGUACUUAGAUACUCAAUAAAAACUAUGUAAAAUUUGGAAACGUCAUAUACCUCGUAUCUACUCUAAUAAAAGUAUUCGUCCUUAUCCAUUGCCUCCAAGGCCCUCUCGAGGACAACACGACACCUUUGACGGUAGUCAAUGGCAAGCUUUUGAUUGCGCGUUAGCAGCUCAAGAUCCUCUUCAUCAACCUCCACAUCGUGUUCAUUCAGCUUUUCCAGUUCCUGAAUCAGCUUCCCUUGAAUUGUGCCAACCACACGCUCCAGAAGCCCCUUGUUCUCCUCGCUGAUGGCACCAGAAAGGAGCAUGCCCAGGCGUGCCUCAUCUGCUUCUUCGCCUUCUUUGCCUUGAACAGGGAACAGAGCUUCUCGUUGCUCCGGGCUGGCAACUAACGUGACAAUAUCCCAGAUCAUCUGGGGCUGAACAUGUUGAAGGGCAAGCAGAGUCUUGUCCGCCUGCUGAAUCAUAGUGGGCGUGAGCUUGGAGCGGAUCAUAAUAGAGCUGGGAUCGCUCAUUGGUCGUCGCGACAGAAAGUAUUCGUCGCCAAAGGCCUGUCCCGGAAUAGGUGCCCGCUUUCGGAGGUGAAUGUAGUCGUUGUGCAGGUCGUCUCGCGGGGGAAUCAUGAACCCGUAACCCAGCAACAGCUCGGCAUUCGACUUCAUGCUGUAGUUGUUGAAGAUUUGUUCACCAGCAGAGUGUACCUUGCCAAUCUUGAGGGUACAAGAAUCGUGCUUCUCCAGCUCCCAUCUGGCUGGGCGAGUAAUAUCAUGGUUGCCAAUAUCAAACAGCGGCAUCAAGACGGAAAAGUCGUCCACCUUUACACCAGCUGGCAAACUCUUUUGCUUUUCUUCCGACAGCACGAGACUUGGUCUAAAGCUUCUGCUAGAGAAGAUAGCAUAUGCCCAGCUGUAAAGCUCAUAUGUAGCCCCGGCGGCCAGAUCAGCGUCACCGCCCUCACCCAGAGCGUCCUGCAAAUCUUCAAACUCUCGCUUCAGGUUCUCGGCGAUGCUCGCAAUACCAAACUCGACAUUUGUUCCCUUGAGCAGAGCAACUUCAUCUCCAGGCCAGAAAGGCGGUAGCAGCCACGAAUCAGUUUCUGCUGGCUGCGGCAGCGCCUGAAUAUAUGGCCACCAGAAUGAUUGCUUGCCCUGCAGAUAUUCUCUCAUAAGCAUGAGGCGGCUGAUAACGUGAGGCUCCAAGCGAGCGAUUAGCUGCUCCUUGUUCUUAAAUGGGCUUUUCUCUCCAACAGCGUCGGUGAAGGAUAGUGUAAUGGUGCUAGGAAUGCUGAUGAUGGUUUCGUAUUCUCCAACAUUCUCCUGGGCGUCUGGUUUUACCCGGAACGAUAGACCAGUGAGUUCAUCUUGGUAAACCUCGACAGACGGGUGCAACUUGACACCAUUUUCCUGUCCCCAGGAAAUCAGUGUUUGUAUUCUCUCAUCCAUCUUUGAUUCGAUUGACGGCGGUGGGUUGCGUACUGAGGUGA